AUGACGAUUUCCAUUAUCACCUUCUUCUUCAAGCAAUUCACGUUUUCUGCCUUCAUCUUCCUCUGCAUCACCAUUCACCCCUCCUCCUCUUCCAUUUCCCCUUCUCCUUCACCUGCUGCCGCUCCGCCACCCUCAGCCAUAGCCGCUUCAGAAUUCCUAAAGAAACACGGUUAUUCAAUCUUCGCAUCAAUCAUCUCUCUAACAUCCAGUCUCAAUUCAGAUACCUGGAAUACAACCGGAACAAUCUUCGCACCGCCGGACUUCGCCUUCUCAUUUACUACCGAGAAAUUCACCGAUCACCGUUGUUCAUUACUCCCCCGUCCUUCUUCUUGGCUAUUACUACUCCACACUCUGAAACAAACGCUCACCUGGAACACUCUCAUCCGUCAACCAGUCGAUGAAGUUCUCCAUUCUUGGCUCGACGAUCGGACUAUCUUCUUGUACAGAGGAGUAAAUGGAGAAACAUUUAUCGCUACAGAUGGAAAUCCUGUUUCAUCUGUAAGAAUCUUGCAUCCAGAUUUGUAUAUAAGCGAUAACAUCGUAAUCCAUGGCGUAGAUGGAGUUUUAGAUCCUGCAUCUGUUUCUAACUGUUUAUCUGUAAAUCCGAAUUCAGUUGUUAGAUCUGAAAUCGAGCGUUAUUAUCUCGAUCAUGCGGUUAGGGUUUUACGAAAGAAGGGAUUCAGUGUUGUCGCUAAUGCAUUGAGUGCUAAACGGUUUAAUCUAACUAGGUUUCCGGCGAUUACAGUCUUCGCUCCAUCCGAUUCGAAUUUCAACUCAGAUACUGACGGAUUGAACUACGAUGUACUCCGUCAUGUCGUGCCGAGAAGAAUGCGAUUGAAGGAUAUGGAGAAGAUACCGCCGGGGACAUCGAUCGAGACAAUGGCGACUGAUAGAAAGAUUGUUAUAAGAUCGGUUGAACAUCAUCGCGGUAGCUUGACUGCAAAUGGAUUUGCAAUUGAUGGAUUGGAAGUUUAUCAUAAUAAAUGGGUGACGGUUUUAGGUAUUUCACAGCGGCUAGAUCAAUGGAAGACGGAUAUUCUUACAGUUCAAUCUCCGGGUACUGCCGCCAUGAAUUCUGACCAAUCGUUGGUGAAGUCUCCGGCACCGGAAUCGGAGCAUGCUGGUUAUAGUCCGGCAAGUUCGCCGAGGUCGAGUAACAGAGGGCGACGGGAUAUGGAGGCGAUGGUGAAAGUGAUUGUGGGUGAACGUUUACCGUCGGAUUGGUAUACAAAACUUUCAGAGAAGUUUGUUCAAUCUGGACCAUCACAUGAAUCUAAUAGACCUCUUGCUGUUGCAGAGUCAAAAGUAUCAUCAUCUAAUGGUGAUGAUCGAAUGGAUCAUCAUCUUGCAGGUGAUCUUUUCUUCUACACUUGA